AUGUCCCAAUAAUUCAAUAAAUUAAGAUUUUGGAAUAAAGAAACAGGAGAAAAAAUUUAUAGUUAUUAACUUCCUUAUAAUAAUAAUAUAAGUUUUUUUAAAGAUGAUAAGUAAUUUUUAGUUGCUGGGAUAUCCAUUAAAAUUUGGAAAUAUUCUGAGAAUAAAAUAGUAAUUUUUACUACUUAUAGACCACAUGGUAAUAUUAAUGAGUUAUUGCUAUUUGAUAAUGAAUAAUUUUUAGUUUAUAUUAUAAAUUAAUAUUUAAAAAUGAAUCCUCUAUCAAUAUGCAAUUUAAAUUAAAUAAUUCCUCGUUUAAAAAAAUAGGCUACAAAAAAUGGAUAUCGAAUGGUAUUGAGAUUUUUGUUAAUUAUGUGUAUCUGA